CCCUCCCUGCCGCCGCCGCCGCCGCCGCCGAGCCGGACGCCGGGCCCCGCGACCAUGCGCCGCCUCCUGCGGGCCGCUCUGCUGCCGCUGCCGCUCGCCCUGCUCGUGGCCGCGGGGGCCCCCGAGGCGCCGGUGAGCGCGCCGCGGAGCCUGGUGUGGGGGCCCGGGCUGCGGGCGGGCGUCGUGCUGCCGGUCCGCUACUUCUACCUGCAGGCCGUGAACUCGCAGGGCCAGAACCUCACUCGCUCGCCCCCAGGUCAAACACUAUUCAAAGUAGUAAUCAAAUCUCUUUCACCUAAAGAGUUAGUCCGGAUUCAUGUCCCCAAACCUUUGGACAGGAAUGAUGGGACAUUUUUGAUGCGAUAUAGGAUGUAUGAAACUGCCAGCGAAGGGCUGAAGAUAGAGGUCCUUUACGGUGAUGAGCAUGUGGCUCAGUCUCCUUAUAUUUUGAAAGGACCAGUGUACCACGAGUACUGUGAGUGUCCAGAAGGGGAUCCUCAGGCCUGGCAGAAAACUCUUUCUUGUCCAACCAAGGAACCACAGAUUGCAAAGGAUUUUGCUUCCUUCCCCAGCAUCAAUCUCCAGCAGAUGCUGAAUGAAGUUCCAAAAAGGUUUGGGGAUGAGAGGGGUGCCAUUGUUCACUACACGAUUCUCAAUAACCGCAUCUACCGGAGAUCUUUAGGGAAGUACACAGACUUCAAAAUGUUCUCGGAUGAGAUUUUGCUGUCACUGGCAAGAAAGGUCCUUCUCCCCGAUUUAGAAUUUUAUAUUAAUCUUGGAGAUUGGCCUCUGGAGCAUCGGCAAGUCAAUGAAAUCCCGGGCCCUUUGCCUAUUAUUUCAUGGUGCGGCUCCCUGGAUUCACGGGACAUUAUCCUUCCAACGUAUGACAUCACCCACUCCACGCUCGAAGCAAUGAGGGGUGUCACCAAUGAUCUCCUCUCUAUUCAGGGAAAUACAGGGCCUUCCUGGAUCAACAAAACCGAGAAAGCUUUCUUCAGAGGUAGAGAUAGCCGAGAAGAGAGGCUCCAGUUGGUACAGCUCUCCAAGGAAAAUCCAGAGCUCCUAGAUGCAGGAAUUACAGGAUAUUUCUUUUUCCAAGAGAAAGAAAAGGAGCUUGGAAAAGCUAAAUUGACAGGUUUCUUUGAUUUCUUUAAGUACAAGUAUCAAGUGAAUGUGGAUGGGACCGUGGCGGCUUACAGAUAUCCAUACCUCAUGUUGGGUGACAGCUUGGUUUUGAAGCAGGACUCGAUGUAUUAUGAACAUUUCUAUAUGGCACUAACGCCUUGGAAACAUUAUGUUCCAAUUAAAAGAAAUCUUAGUGAUUUACUAGAGAAAGUUAAGUGGGCCAAGGAAAAUGAUGGAGAAGCCAGGAAGAUUGCAAAAGAAGGGCAGCUGGCCGCGAGGGAGCUGCUGCAGCCACACCGGCUCUUCUGCUACUAUUACGGAGUACUCCAGUUGCCUUCCAACAUGCAUUUCAGAAAUACGCGGAGCGCCAGUCCAGCAAACCCAAAAUACGUGAUGGGAUGGAGCUCGUUCCUCAGUCAGAUGAUAACGCGUCCCCGUGCCAGUGCCUCCGGGAAAGAUCUUCCAGAGAAGAGCUUUAAGUCAGCUCCCAUCGACAGUCCUGCAAGUGCCAGCGACAGGUUGAAGGCAAGCCUUCAGACAGAGGCCGGGCUGCGGUGAACGCAGUCGAGGAGACUCACGUGGACAGGCAGAGCAAGAUGAGAGCAAGUGUUACAGGUCUCUUUGAAUAUAAUUUUCCGUUGUGUAAAAACUUCCAUCAUCAACAUCACAGUUUCUCGAAACAGAAAACUUGCGGGUCACUGUGGACAGAGAGGCUUUGCCAGAAUAGAAAUCAUUCCCUGUGAAAUGAUUUCCACCAUAUUUCCUAGUUUGUUCACUUUUCCCUCUCCCUCUUCCAACUAUGAAGAAAAAAUGUUGGUGCAGGUUCCUCCCCUCUUAUUGAACAAUUUCUCCUCCUACAAGCUGCUUUGGACAUUCCGUAAUAGCAAGCCUCCUCUUGGAAGGUCUGAUAAGGAUAAUUAAGGAAGAAGAGCAUGGCUCCCUUGUUGGAGGUAGCUGGGAGACUGUGGAGGCCACAUUUUUAAAAACUCACUCAUAUGUUUUUAGCUAAGUUUUAUCAAGGCCUGAGACAAAAUUAAGGAGAAAUUAUGCCAUAAACUAGAAAUUCCCAGUCUAUCAGGGUAGCACACCCACUGAGGACAACACAAUUAUUAAUAGAUGAGAACAUUCUGCGGGUACUACCCAUUAUCUAUGUUGAAUAGAUGGAAGAUAACAAGAGUCAGGUGGAGCUCUCUACUACUUUGUUGAAUCCUUAAAAGGGACACUUGAAAACAGGUGCCAGAAGCAGUAGGAAGCCUGGUACCUUCGGAAUUCACCAGUAAGUGGAUAAGAAAGGCAAGCAUCCUAACUGCACCCCUCCUCUGUUUCAGUGCAUUGCUGCAAG